UGGGGGUCUGAAAUCCUGGGUCUGAGGAGGAGGGAUGGGGACUCCUAAGUGCCCUGGUUGAAGGGGGCUAAAAUCUAGCAAGAGGAGGUCCUCACGAGAGGAGGCGCUUGGAGCUGGGAGCUUGGGUUUGAGAAAGAGAGGGGUCUUCCCUGCUCCCCACCCCUCCAUUCCGAAGACAGAAUUCGAACUUCGGGCCAGACAGGCGGUGGGCUGAGGUCCAGCACCGUGCUCGCAAAGGCGAAGACGAAGCUGGGAAGCUGGUGUCCUAGGCUGGGAGAAGCCAAGGCUGAGGCCAGAGGCCUUGGGUUGCUGAGAGUGGAGGCUGGGGUUCAGGGACGCGAUUCUGUGCGGGUGAUGGGGUGUGGUGUUUGGCGUGGAGGUGGAGAAAGCGUGGGGCGUGGCCGGGGGAGUCCUAAACUGCGCCCAGAAGGCGAAGGGGUGUUUCCUCUCCCUCCGCCUGUCUUCGGAGAUGCAUUCCUGAGUUCUGACCUCAGGCGGCGGCUGGAGGCGCGGAGGCUGGAGAAGGACCCCCCCCUCCCCUCCGGGUGGUCCCUGCACCACCCCCCUCCUUCCUUGGGGCACUUCUGGAUUUGUGGCCCGCCCUGUUUCUCCUUCCCCGCUCGGGACCCGGUGUCUGACCUAAUCCACCUCCGGAGCCGGAUCUUUCUGCGUCUGGGUCCUCGGCAAAGACUGCUGGUGUCUGGUGUGCCCAAGGCUGAGGGCCCAGAGUCCUGGGGUCUGAAGCUGUGUAACAGGACGUGAGAGGCCUGGAGGUUUCCGUGGAAGGGGCUGGGUCGCGGAGAGCCAAGCUUCUUGGGCGCCCUGGGGAAUUUGGAGGUUGGACUCCACGUGCGGGAGGGGCCGAGGCGGGCGGAAGCUCGGCGUGCCUGGGUGAAAUACUCCACACCCAAAUCCCAGGUGGGAUUCAGACUGAGGGCCCAGACUCUUGAUCUCCGAGCCAUGCCGGUGACCGUGACCCGCACGACCGUCACCACCACCAUGUCGUCCUCCUCAGGCCUGGGCUCCCCAACCAUCGUGGGGUCCCCUAGGGCGCUGACCCAGCCCCUGGGCCUCCUCCGCCUGCUGCAGCUGGUGUCCACCUGCGUGGCCUUCUCACUGGUGGCCAGUGUGGGUGCUUGGACGGGGUCCAUGGGUAACUGGUCCAUGUUCACGUGGUGCUUCUGCUUCUCCGUGACCCUCAUCAUCCUCAUAGUCGAGUUGGGCGGGCUCCAGGCCCGCUUCCCCCUGUCCUGGCGAAACUUCCCCAUCACCUACGCCUGCUACGCUGCCCUCUUCUGCCUGUCGGCCUCCAUCAUCUACCCCACCACCUACGUCCAGUUCUUGUCUCACGGCCGCUCCCGGGACCACGCCAUCGCCGCCACCGCCUUCUCCUGCAUCGCCUGCGUGGCUUAUGCCACCGAAGUGGCCUGGACCCGGGCCCGGCCCGGGGAGAUCACCGGAUACAUGGCCACCGUGCCAGGCCUGCUCAAGGUGCUGGAGACCUUCGUGGCCUGUGUCAUCUUUGCCUUCAUCAGCAGCCCGUACCUGUACCAGCACCAGCCGGCGCUGGAGUGGUGCGUGGCCGUGUACUCGAUCUGCUUCAUCCUGGCGGCCGUGGCCAUCCUGCUGAACCUGGGUGACUGCACCAACGUGCUGCCCAUCUCCUUCCCCAGCUUCCUGUCCGGGCUGGCCCUGCUGUCGGUCCUCCUGUAUGCCACUGCCCUGGUUCUCUGGCCGCUCUACCAGUUCGACGAGAAGUACGGCGGCCAACCGCGGCGCUCAAGGGAUGUGAACUGCAGCAAUAGGCACACCUUCUACGUGUGCACCUGGGACCGCCGGCUGGCCGUGGCCAUCCUGACGGCCAUCAACCUGCUGGCUUACGUGGCUGACCUCGUGUACUCGGCCCGCCUGGUUUUUGUUCGGGUGUGAGGCUCCGGCCGGGGGCUCUUGACUCCCCCCUUGUGCCCAGGUUCUCAUUUCCUCUUCCGGGCUCCCUCUCUUCCACCUUUCUCCUGUCCUUCCCAAUUCCCCUUGCUCUUUUCCGUUUCUUUCGCUUCUGGGCUCCUCUCUCCUUCCCUUCCUGUUUUGUUUGGUUGCCCGUAUCCUGUUUGGCCCAUUUGCCCUUCUGUUUUCAUGGUCUUCUUUUCUGACCUGUUCUGCCUCUCUCGGCUCUUUUCUGAUCCUGUCAUUUUCUCAUCUGCCUGUGUCUUAGCCACCCCUUCCUGUUUUCUUUCUUCCAAUUUCCUUGGGAGCUCCAAGACUUCUUUCUUCUCUACCCCCACCUCCAAAGGUGCUGAGCUCCACCUCUUCCCACACCUCUCUCUGCAGCUGUUAAUACCCCUGGCCUCCCCGAGGGGCCUCAUUGCCAAAGCAUGCCUGCCCGCCCUGGCUGUGCCUUGUUGGUGUGUACGUGUGUGUUUGGGGGAGAGGGGGGGAGGGUAGCUAGGGAUUGGGCUCCCUUUCUCCCAAGGGAGGGGGGUGUACCAUACAGGUCCCCUUUAAGUUAAAAAAAAAAAAAUCUCUGGAGGCCAAAGAUUUUCCAGUGGGUAUGACGCUUAACCCACAGACAGACCCCGGGUCCCUGGGUCCUGCUCGGCACCCAGCCUCGCCUGAGACUGGCUCCAGAACUUGUGCCAGGCUUACUAAGAACCCACUGCCUAGAGGCCAUCUUAAAGGAAGUCAAGGGUGAACGUUUUCCAGCCCGACUGCUCUCUGCGUUAUCGAAAACCCGUCCGAAGUAUUUGUGAGGGGCAGCGAUGCGGCCCUCCAGCCUUAGUGUUAAAAAUAGCCCGUCCUGCCUUUGCUGGGAGAAAAAAAAUGGCCACUGCCUGCCUUAACGGCAAUGCUAGCCUGGGUUUGUUUUUUUUCUUUUCCGCUUCCUGGUUAUGGGGGCAAAACUUACAUUGAGUGGCCCUAUUCUAAAAGGGGAAGUUGCUUUUCAAUUUCUUUUUCUUGGGGGGGGGACGGGGUUGCUGUUGCCUUAGAGGGAUUGCGUUACUUGGAGUGUGGUGCACACACACAUACACACACACACACACACACAGGUGUGUUUCUGUGUGUUAGUCGCUUCCUGUAGCUGCUUCCUUGCUUCUCUGGGACUCACAUGCAUAACGUCAUAUAUAUAAAUGUAUAAAUAUAUAUUUUAUUUUUUUUUUAAUUCCCUGGAGCUUCUGGUCCCCAUGGGCCCCUUCUGUCAACCACAGAGGGAAGACUUGUCCGUUGCCCUAUUCCCACAUCCGUAAUUUUUUUUUUUACAUCAAUAUAAAGAUAAAAGAAAAAAAAA